AUGGAGAGUAUAGUGGAAUUAAUAGGAAAUACUCCAUUAAUGCGAAUCAAGAGUUUAAGCAAAGCAACUGGUUGCGAAAUAUUGUUUUUAAAUCCGGGUGGUAGUCCUAAAAAUCGAAUAGCUCUCAAUAUAAUUAAUGAAGCAGAAGAGAGUAUACGAUGUUCAACAAUAAGUUCAUUAUUUAUUAAAAAGAUGUGGAAUAAUAUAAGUACAUUCAUAAUUUGA